AUGAAAAAGACGCGGAUUCGCGUCUUUUUCGUUUUCUGUCGAAGAAUUAGCGAUCCUACUGUAUUUGGUAGAGACAUGAGCCUGGGAUUCGGUGAUAUACAAGAGGGAAACAAUCUACCAUGCCGACGAGGAUAUUCUGUUGAUAUGCUUUAUCAAGAGCUGAUGGUCUCAUCUGGGCUGCUCACAAUUGGAGGAAAAACGCGACGCGUAGCCGUCGAAGACUUACAUUUUGUAGCUGAACUGGGCCAAGGAAGUUGUGGGCACGUGUCGAAAAUGCAAUACAAUGAUAAUGUGAUGGCAGUGAAGGUAAUGCCCAGGAGUAACAAUCCUGUAGAAAAUAAUAGAAUCAUAAUGGAUCUUCGAAUAUUAUCACGAGCAUAUGAUUGCCCUCAUAUUGUCCACUCGUACGGGUACAUAAUCACAGAGGCUAGACAAAGAAGUAGAGGGGAAUACCAAACAGUGCAGAGCAAAGGUUCAAACAAAAGGUUAGAGGAAAUACACAUUAUACUGAUCCCUGCUUGA